UCUCUCUUUCUCUCCUUCUCUCUCCUUCCCUUCUUCCUCGUUGCUUUGCCCGAACAGAAGCAGAUUUUCGCUCUUCCUCUCUUCUUCUCUAGAGAUUCGAAUUGAUUUCAGAGAGAGAUGAAGCACUUCAUGAUGCCAAGAAACGCUAUCUUGCGGGAAAUCGGAGAGCCGCAAUCGCCGAACCCUAGCCUGACUAAAUCAAAGUCCCAAAGAAAGCUGAGAUCCGCGAAAGAGAAUGCUCCACCUCCGGAUCUGAACUCGCUGAUGCCUGAUUCUAGGUCAUCUCCGGCGAAACUGAAGAGUCCACUGCCUCCGCGUCCGCCGUCGUCUAAUCCUCUUAAACGGAAGCUCAUCGCGGACGCUGCGUCGGAAAAUGGAAUCGCUGGGGUUUCAGACUCUGGUGUAAAGGUUAUAGUCAGAAUGAAGCCUCCAAGCAAAGGUGAGGAAGAGGAGAUGAUAGUAAAGAAGAUUUCCAGCGAUGCCCUCACAAUUAAUGAACAUACUUUCACGUUUGAUUCAAUUGCUGACCCGGAGUCAACUCAGGAUGAAAUCUUUCAGCUUGUGGGAGCCCCUCUUGUAGAAAACUGUCUGGCUGGAUUUAACAGUUCUGUUUUUGCCUAUGGACAGACUGGUAGUGGGAAAACGUAUACCAUGUGGGGUCCUGCAAACGGAUUGUUGGAAGAGCACCUUAGUGGUGACCAAAGAGGUUUGACACCACGUGUCUUCGAGUUGCUCUUCGCUCGUAUCAGUGAGGAGCAAGUGAAGCACGCUGAAAGGCAGCUCACUUACCAGUGCCGAUGUUCUUUUCUUGAGAUAUACAACGAGCAAAUAACAGAUCUUUUGGAUCCGAGCCAAAAGAACCUGAUGAUUAGAGAAGAUGUCAAGUCCGGUGUUUAUGUUGAAAAUCUGACUGAGGGCUAUGUUAAAAACUUGAAGGAUUUGUCACAACUUCUGAUUAAGGGCUUGGCUAACAGAAGGACUGGUGCAACAAGUGUAAAUGCAGAGAGCUCAAGGUCACACUGUGUAUUUACUUGUGUUGUUGAGUCCCACUGCAAGAGUGCUGCAGAUGGUCUAAGCAGCUUCAAAACAAGUAGAAUAAAUCUUGUUGAUUUGGCUGGCUCCGAAAGACAAAAAUCGACUGGUGCCGCAGGAGAACGUUUGAAGGAAGCUGGGAAUAUCAAUCGAUCACUUUCUCAACUUGGGAAUUUGAUCAACAUUCUCGCAGAAAUUUCACAAACAGGGAAGCAAAGGCAUAUACCCUACAGAGAUUCCAGGCUGACAUUUCUAUUACAGGAAUCUCUUGGUGGGAAUGCAAAGUUAGCUAUGGUUUGUGCAGUUUCUCCCUCGCAAAGUUGUAGAAGUGAAACCUUCAGCACCUUGAGAUUUGCUCAGCGUGCAAAGUCGAUACAGAACAAGGCUGUUGUCAAUGAAGUAAUGCAGGAUGAUGUAAAUUUCUUGCGGGAAGUGAUACGCCAGCUGAGGGAGGAACUGCAAAGGGUGAAGAAUAAUGGAAACAGCCCAACCAACCCAAACACAGCUUAUACCACUUCCUGGAAUGCGCGUAGAAGUAUGAGUUUGUUAAGAAGCUUUGGCCUGAGUCAUCCAAAGUCAUUAGCCCAUGGAGAUGAUGAUGGGGAUACUGAGAUGGAAAUUGAUGAGGAGGCUGUUGAAAGGCUUUGCGCUCAGAUAGGCUUGCAGUCAUCUCCAACUGUCGAGGAGAACAAUCAGGAGAUGUGCAAAGUAGAGAGAAUAAAUUCAUCCUUACAAACUGUGGCCCUGAAGGAUGAAAAUUACAGAAACUCCCACCUUAAAUCAUCUGAUGGCCAAUCUACAGGAAAUCAGUUUCCGGAAGACACAGAUGUUAAUAUGGAGGAUGCAAGUUGCCAAACUGAGAAUCAUGAGACAGCGACUACUGAUAAUGUAUUAACUGUGGCAGAAAGCGGCAUCAUCACAGAUCAGAUCAAAGCAACUGAGCAAACCAUGGAUCAUAGUUCAACUGUAGAGCCUGCUUCAACAACCAACUCUCUUCAUUCUUGUAUUAGCGGCUCAAACCAUGGCGAUGCACCAAGCACGGCGGAGAAUGUUCCAUCAUGUCAAGACUUAGUUCCUGACGCUCUUGUUUCUGCAAUUGCAUCAGUACCUGAUACUUCAAAUGAUACAGAACACUUCUCAGUAAAUCCUGUGUCACCUUGCCUCAGUAUAGAUCCAGUAAGUGCUUCUCCUGUACUAACCACUCCCACUGAGAGCGUCUCUCCUAAGAUUAGAAGUAGUAGGAAAAGCUUGAGGACAUCAUCAAUGUCCACCGCAUCACAAAAAGAUAUUGACAGAGAGAACCAAUCAACUACAGAAGUUUUGAAACCUUCUCCGGCUAUGUCCAGUGAGGUGUUCAACCUAUAUAGUGCUUUGUCUACACAUAAAAGUGAAGCUUGUCCUGUGCCUACUAAGCAAUUGGCGGCUAGCCUCCACAGAGGCAUGAAACUUCUUGACUCUUAUCGCCAAAGUACCGCUCAAAGACGAUCCACAUUCGGGUUUUCCUACAAAGCUCUAGAUUGCAAGCCUUCAACAGUUUUAAGUAAGGCUGAUAUAGGUGUGCAAACGUAUCUCGAAGCAGAUAUAAUAGCGGAAGAGAACCCAAAAGAAGUACUGUGCACUAAAUGCAAAUGCAUAGCAGAAUGCGAUGCCCCAGAAACAAGUGACAUUUCAAAUCUCCAGUUAGUGCCGGUUGACAACUCAGAAGUUACAGAGAAGUCCAAUUUCCAAGUUCCUAAAGCAGUGGAAAAGGUUUUAGCAGGGUCUAUCAGAAGAGAAAUGGCCCUGGAAGAGUUCUGCACUAAGCAGGCUUCUGAAAUAUCACAGCUUAAUCGGCUGGUGCAACAGUACAAACAUGAGAGAGAGUGCAAUGCAAUCAUAGGACAAACAAGGGAGGACAAGAUCGUUCGCCUUGAAAGCCUCAUGGACGGAGUGUUAUCUAAAGAUGAUUUCCUGGAUGAAGAAUUUGCAUCUCUCAUGCAUGAGCAUAAGCUACUGAAGGACAUGUAUGAGAACCACCCUGAAGUAUUGCAGACGAGGAUUGAAUUGAAAAGAGCGCAAGAAGAGCUCGAAAGUUCCAAAAACUUCUAUGGUGAUAUGGGAGAAAGGGAAGUCUUAUUGGAAGAGAUUCAAGAUUUAAAGGCGCAUCUACAUUGUUACACUGACACUUCUCUUACAUCAUCUCGGAAAAGAGCUUCACUGCUUAAGCUGACAUACACCUGUGACCCUAAUCAGGCUCCACCACUUAAUACCAUCCCUGAGUCAAUGGACGAAAGUCCUGAGAAGACACUAGAGCAGGAAAGAGUUCGCUGGACUGAAGCGGAGAGCAACUGGAUCUCUCUAGCUGAGGAAUUAAGAAAUGAGCUUGAUACCAACAGGAAGCUAAUGGAGAAGCAGAAGCGUGAGCUGGACACUGAGAAAAGAUGCACAGAAGAGUUAACCGAAGCAAUCCAGAUGGCGAUGCAAGGGCAUGCACGGAUGAUUGAACAAUACGCAGACCUGGAAGAGAAGCAUAUACAAUUGCUCGCAAGACACAGGAGGAUCCGAGAAGGAAUCGACGAUGUUAAGAAAGCAGCAGCUAAAGCAGGAGUCAAGGGAGCAGAGUCAAGAUUCAUAAACGCGCUUGCAGCAGAAAUCUCAGCUUUAAAGGUGCAAAGAGAGAAGGAGGCACAAUACUUCAGAGAUGAGAACAAGAGUCUCCAGUCACAACUGAGAGACACAGCAGAAGCUGUUGAAGCAGCAGGGGAGUUACUUGUUCGACUUAAGGAAGCUGAAGAAGGAUUGAAAUUUGCACAGAAACGGGCAAUGGAUGCAGAGUAUGAAGCGUCAGAAGCAUAUAAACAGAUUGAUAAAUUGAAGAGGAAAGACGAAACCGGAAUCAGCACUCUUAACCAAGAAAAUCACAUUGCAGAGUCACACAAUCCCAUAGAGUCUUUGCAAGCUUCUAUUAAUGGCGAUGCUAUGGCUAAAUAUGAUGAGCCAGUGGAACCAUCAUCAGCAAGUUCUGGUGAUCAGCAAUGGAGAGAAGAGUUCGAGCCAUUUUACAAGAAAGACUCAGAGUUGUCAAAGCUCGUCGAGCCUUCUUGGUUCUCGGGAUAUGACCGGUGCAACAUAUAAUUUCGUUUUGACAAACAUUUUUUUCUGUAAUGUGUAUAGAAAAAAAAAACAAGACAUUGUUUGAGGUCUGAUCUGAUUCUGUGAGAUAGAGAACUAAAGUUUGCAAACCUCUCAUUGUAUUUCUUAUAUCCUACAAAAUCAAUUUACAAUUUUA